CGGCAGAGUUGCAACCAGUGCGGCGCAAGACAUUUCAAAAGAAAACACGCAAAACAUACGAAAAUUUAAUGGAAAAAAAUGGAAGCCAAUCAGAUCGACUUUGACCAGUUUUGCGCCAAGUUAAAGAACGAGAAAUAUGUGAAACAUGUGAAGAGCUUGAAGGAUCUGUGCGUUACCAAGACGGUGAUGAAGCCCACGGCGUUCUUCGAGAGUCUACCGAAAAUGCUGCAGGAAGAGGCUUCGAAAACAACACCAAACAAGGAGCUGGGCUCGGUGGCCGACUAUGCGGAGCUCUUCAGGUCGCUUGAAGAGUAUCCCUGUAACCUGCAGAAGAACCCCAAAAAGCGAGAGCUGCAGCGCGCUGCUACCUUGGAUCAGACGGAACAGUCCGAGUACAUGAAGCGCUUGGAGGAUCAGCGCAGUGCCGUCGAGGUGUACAACGAGUUCAAGGGCUUCCAAAGGAAGCUGGCCAAGGCAUUCGAGGAGGCAGUCGACCUUGAGCAGGCCGAGACCGUGUAUAUAAAAAAGCUUGGGCAGCUGCAAACCUUCGCCCAGCAGAUAGAAAAGCUAAUGCCAACGGAGGCCGAGCCACCGCCGGAUGCAUUCACAGCAGACGAAGAGCAAACGCUGCUGGCGAUCGCCGCAAGCAUGAGGGAUUUGAACUACUUGCGCUCCAACAGUCUACAGCUGCCGAGUCCCAGCGAUAUUGUGGCUGGCGGCAGCCUGGUGGCGCGUCUGGAGAUGUUCGUAAAAGUCCUCACCGGCACUCUGAUGCAAAUAAGCGUCUACAAUGCGGCUUGAAAUACAUUAUUUAUUAUUAUUUAACUAUUUUACAAUAAAUACUACGGCGAGUCCUGAUC